CAAUGGCAAAAACUGGCCGAAGACCGACCAGUAUGGCGUCGUGCUAUUCAUGAUGGUCAAUCCAAACACGACGAUGCCUGGUUGCUCGAUGGAUGGUUGGUUGAUGGUUGGUUGCUGGUUGGAUGCUGGUGCUCUUUAAAAGAGAAACGCAUGAGGCGCCACGAGCAGGCCUCCGACCCUCGCCCACCUGGGGAGCAUACACCUGCCGCGUGUGUGGACGUGGGAUCCCCUCUCGCAUAGGGCUAUACAGCCACGAACACAAGUGUCGUUACCAGGAUGCUGCUUAAAAUGCUUGAGAUUUUGUGAGAUGAUGGAUAAAAGGGAAUCUAGUGUUUUAAUUCAAUCAUAGUUGUACAUAGGUAUAGUAUGGAAUUGUCAUUUCACAGUGUAUUAGUUUUAAACUAUAAUGCUGUGUAAAUAUUAAAUAAAUAAAUGAUAAAUAAAUAAUAAUUAAAACAUCUCACACAGAUGAAAAGGCCUCUUAUAUCUGAUAUGCUCUAAGAGUGACUGUAGUGUAUGAAUGGUGCCAAUCUACCCCUAAAACCACCUAACUAAUAGUCCAAAGCUCUCAACUAUAGUCCAAAAAUAAACUAAUUUUUUCGCUCAGGUGUGUUUUUACUAUAUGCUUGUACCUAGUUCUAAGGCAAAAAAACAUGAACUAAACCAAAAGGAUUUGAACUUGUGGCUGCAGUAUUGAACUAUACAUAGUUGGGUGGUUUUACGGUUAUUAACAAUAUCAUACAAUGUCAACAGAAAACAACAUCAACAAGUCUAAGUAGAUGAUGAUAUAUAAUAUCCCAAAAAACUGCAUAAUAUGAUAGGUACUUUUUGUAAAAUUGCACAUCAUUGUUGUUGAUGCUUACCAAAGUGGUUACUGAGUAUAAAACGCAGGCGAGUCGACAUCAGUCAAUCAUUGAGCAUGUUUGUCACGACACUCGUAGUCCUUGCGUCCGCCUUGGGACUCCUCUAUCUAUACUUGAAGAAAAAAAAUGAAUACUGGAAGUCCAGAGGCGUCGUUACCCCCAAGCCGUUGCCACUUCUUGGUAACUACAAAGAUUACAUCUUACUGAAGAAAAACCUUUUUGACACAGUCACUGACAUUUGUAAACAGUUCCCUAAGGAGCCUAUCGUCGGUGGGUACUACGGUACCGAGCCAGUCGUCAUCGUCAAGGAUCCAGAGCUCCUGAAACUUGUUGUCACCAAAGAUUUUUACUACUUCAGCAGCCGAGAGCUGUCCGCACACACAGAUAAAGAAACGGCAACCAAGAAUGUUUUCUCCGCACAUGGGGAUACCUGGCGCGUCAUGCGGCAAAAUCUCACCCCGAUUUUCACUUCAGCUAAGAUGAAGAAUAUGUUCUACUUAAUUCAAGAUCGCACGCAGGACUUCGAGAAAUUCUUGGCUAAAGAAAUAACUGCUAAUCCAGUAAACGACGUCAGGAGCUUCACGAUGAAAUAUACCAUGGAUUGCUUUGGUUCAUGCAUCUUUGGGCUCGAAACUAAAGUCAUGAAAGAGCCAAACGAUAAUAUUUUCGUUACCAUCAGCGAUAACAUUUUUGACUUCCGCGCCCACAAGGUUUUUAAGGAUAUACUGAGAACUAUCUGGCCGAACAUUUUCUAUGGAUUAGGCAUGAAAGGCUUAGAUCCGGAGAUUACUGAUUUCUUUAACAAGCUUAUCAGAGGUGUCUUCUCUGAUCGUAACCAUACUCCAGGUUCAAGGAACGACUUCAUCGAUUUCAUCCUUGGAUUCAAAAAAAAAUACGUUACGGGGGAUGUUAUAAAGAGUCUGAAAAACGGAAGGGAAGGGAAGCAAAAAGUGAAGUUAGAAGUAGAUGAUGCUUUGUUAGUGGCGCAAACGCUGAUAUUCUUCAUUGCUGGAUUUGAUACGUCUGCGGCGACUAUGAGUGGCACUUUGUACGAGCUUUCCAAACACCCUGAGGCCCUGAAGCGAGUUCAAGACGAAGUGGACGAGUAUUUGGCGAAAACGGGAGGGAGGGUCACGUAUGAAUGUAUCAGUGAUUUACCUUACUUGGAAGCUUGUGUGAACGAAACUCUUCGCCUAUACCCGGUACUAGGAGUCCUGACCCGCGAGGUGGUGGAGGACUAUCGUCUGCCAUCAGGUUUGCUGCUGGAGAAGUCAAUGCGCGUGCACAUACCGGUGCAGUACCUGCACAUGCACCCAGACUACUUCCCGGAGCCUGAGAAGUUUCGACCCGAGCGGUUUUUAGGAGAAAACAAGAAUAACAUCAAGCCUUACACGUACUACCCAUUCGGGGAUGGACCUAGGAUGUGCUUAGGCAUGCGUUUCGCGAGGAUGCAGAUGAUGGCUGGCCUGGUCACGUUGCUCCGACACUACACCGUGGAACUGCCCCCACACGUGCCCAGGAAGGUCGAGUUCGACCCUUUAUCCUUCAUACUGAAGUUCAAACAGAAUGUCGAGCUGAACUUCGUACCGAGAACCAAGGUUUCUGGCCAAUGAUAGAUAAUCGACUCUAUCCCAACCUUCGGUUAACCCGUUGUUUUUUUUUUCAAAGAUUAUU